AUGCGGUGGAGAUUUGGGUUGUGGAGUUUCCUAACCUUAGCAGUCAUCAGUUUCCCCGACAUCCAAGCCAGACUAGUUCGCAACCAUGUCAGCAGCAUCUGCAGCACAUGGGGCAGAGAGCACUUCAAGACUUUUGAUGGUGAUGUUUACCAGUUUCCUGGCAUGUGUGAGUACAACCUGGUCUCUGACUGCUACCAGUCCUAUCAGGAGUUUGCGGUGCACAUAAAGAGGACAGAAAACGAUGGGAACCCUACAAUUAGUUACUUGGCGAUCACCAUCAAUGAAGUCUUGUUCCACCUCAGUAAGAGCUGGAUAUCUGUCAAUAAUGAGCAAGUUCAUCUACCUUAUUACAAGGGAGGGGUUCAAGUGGAAAAUAACGCUGCUUACAUCAAACUUCAGGCCAAAGUGGGGAUCACUGUCAUGUGGAACGGAGAUGAUGCAGUGAUGGUGGAAAUUGAUGGCGACUUUGCAAACAAAACUUGCGGUCUUUGUGGAGAUUUCAAUGGUGUUCCAGUUUACAACGAGUUCAUCCAUAGCGGCCGAAAAAUCAGCCCCAUCGAAUUUGGCAAUAAACACAAAGCCCACCUCCCCAACUAUGACUGUGACGACCCCUAUGAAGAGGAGGAUGAGCUGCUGGAGGCUGUGGCUCUGCCAGAUUCCUGCAAAGAAGUUCAAACAAUCUGUGAACAAAUGUUUCUGUCAGACUCAUGGAGCUCAUGCGCUAAACUCAUUAACCCCGAAGUUUACAUCCAGGCAUGUGUGAAGGACAUGUGUGGCUGUAGUAACAGUACCAAUGACGACUGCAUCUGCAGCACACUGUCGGAGUUUUCUCGCCAGUGUUCCCAUGCAGGAGGACAGCCCCCCAACUGGAGGACACCUCAGUUCUGUGAGAAACAGUGUCCUUACAACAUGGUAUAUGAAGAAAGUGGUUCCCCCUGCAUGGAUACCUGCACACAUCAAGAUGUUAGUUCAUUCUGUGAAGACCACAAAAUGGACGGCUGCUUCUGUCCUUCUGGAACUGUGUUUGAUGAUAUUUCUGAGAGAGGCUGUGUUCCUCAGGCUGAAUGUCAGUGCAAGCAUGACAAGAUCUACAACCCUGGAGAGAUUUACCAACAAGAUCGAGAGGAAUGCACAUGCUUUGAGGGCCUGUGGAAUUGUAUCAGUGUUGAAAAACCUGCCACCUGUGCAGUUGAAGGAGGUUCUCAUUUUACAACUUUUGAUGGGAAAACCUACAUUUUUCAUGGAGACUGUUUCUACACUCUGGCAAAGGAUGAAGUGAGCCCUAAGUUUACACUCCUGGCCCAGUUGGUUCCCUGCACUCACCAACAGUUUGACACAUGCCUGAAGGCCCUGAAAAUCCUGCUAAACAAUGACAAAAACAACGUCCUAACAUUCAACUCUGAUGGCACAGUUAUGCAGAACCAGCAGACUGUCACUUUACCGUACAACUCAGGAGACAUCAGCAUUUUCCAGGCCUCCUCCUUUCACAUCUUGCUACAGACAAGAUUUGGGUUGCAGAUUCAGAUCCAGCAUGUCCCUCUCAUGCAAGUCUACAUUAGCCUGGAGCAAAGCUAUAGAUCAAAGACGCGUGGUUUGUGUGGGAACUUCAACAUGAUUUUAAGUGAUGAAAUGAAGACCCCUCAGGGGAUCGUGGAGGGAACGGCAGCAACCUUCAGUAACUCCUGGAAGGCAAACCUUAUGUGCUCAGACAGACAGGAGAGACUUGAUGACCCGUGUUCCCUCAGUUUGGAAAAUGAGUUCUAUGCUAAGCACUGGUGCUCCUUAUUCCUGAGCCCAAACAGUACAUUCGCUCCGUGCCGAUCGAUGGUGGAUCCUGAAAUGUUUUAUAAGCGAUGCAUCUAUUCCACCUGUAGUUGCGAGAAAAGUGAGGCCUGUUUGUGUGCGGUCUUCUCCUCUUACGCCCGAGCUUGUGCAGAAAAGGGAGUCUUUGUAACAAACUGGAAAGAGAGUGUUUGUGAUACGUACACAAAAAGCUGCCCAGCUUCUCAGACCUUCUCUUACACAAACAAGAGGUGCCAGCUGACAUGCAGAUCUUUGAGCUCAGAUCAGCAGAGCUGCACCUCCGACUUCUUGCCUGUCGAUGGCUGCGCCUGUGCUGAGGGGCUCUUCAUGGAUGAAAACGGUAUUUGCGUCCCAAUGGAAAAAUGUUCCUGCUACCAUAACGGCGUUUACGUUAAGCCAGGAAAAUCCAUCAACAUCAGAGAUGAUCACUGUGUUUGCAACAAUGGAAUGCUUCAUUGUCAUUCUUGGAGAAGCCGCUCAUCAUUAUGUCCAUUUCCAAAAGUCUUCUUCGACUGUUCCUCUGCAUCUGCAGGAGACCUUGGACUGCAGUGUGCUAAAACCUGUUUAAAUCUGGACAGUGAUGAAUGUGACUCUACAGAGUGUGAGUCUGGCUGUCGGUGUCCAGAUGGUCUCCUGGAGGACGGCAAAGGCUCCUGUGUUAAAGAAACUGAAUGUACAUGUCAGCAUGAUGGACGUAUUUAUGGUGCAGGAGCAAAAAUUCCAAACCAGUGCAACACCUGCACAUGUAAAAGUGGGAGAUGGGAGUGUACUGAGAAAAAAUGUCCAGGAACCUGCGUUAUUUAUGGAAGUGGGCACUACAGCACAUUUGAUCAGUGGACCUAUGGAUUUCAGGGAGAAUGUGCAUAUGUUGCUGUUAAGAAUAAAUGUGGGAAUAAAACAGCGGAGAACAACUUUGGGAUUAUCACAGAAAACAUGCCGUGUGGUUCUACAGGCACUACCUGCUCUAAAACUGUCAGAAUUCAACUUGGGCGCACAGAAAUCAAACUAACAAAGGGGAAAUACGAAGAAGAAGAUCUGGGACAGGGUCCUCUGAUUCAUCACAGAAUAAGGAGGGUCGGCCUGUACCUUGUGGUAGAAUCUGACAUCGGCUUGGCAUUGUUGUGGGAUCGCAAAACAACUGUUCGCAUUCUUCUGGAGCCUCAGCACAGUGGUGAAGUCUGUGGCCUGUGUGGAAAUUUUGAUGGAAAUGGAUUGAAUGACUACACCAUUCAGGGUCAGAUGAUGGUCAGCAACUCACUAGAGUUUGCAAACAGUUGGAAAGUGUCAAGCACUUGCCCAGAUGUGGAAGAGAAUGUGGAUUCCUGUGCAGCUGCACCCAUGAGACAUCACUGGGCAAAAAUGAUGUGUAGCAUCAUAACAGGCAAUACAUUCAAAGACUGCCAUAACAAGACUGAUCCCCGCCCAUUUUAUGAAAACUGUGUGAAAGACUCAUGUGCCUGCGACACAGGAGGAGACUGUGAGUGUUUCUGCUCAGCUGUAGCAGCCUACGCUCAGGCUUGUAACGAGGCUGGCGUUUGUGUUGCAUGGAGAACCCCAGACAUCUGUCCUGUUUUUUGUGAUUAUUAUAACAACCCAGAAGAUUGUACAUGGCAUUACAGUCCUUGCCACACACCUUGUUACAAGACUUGUUUAAACCCACAAGGAAUUUGUAACAAUCCAAUACCCAAUCUCGAGGGUUGUUAUCCUGUAUGCCCAGAAGAUAAACCAAUUUUUGAUGAGAAGACUCAAACAUGCGUGGAAGAAUGUGCCUAUUGCUUGUACAAUGGGACUAUAUAUGAAGAUAAUGAUGUGAUUUAUAAUGUGACAGACAACAUGGGAAUGUGCUACUAUGCAAUAUGCAUUAAUUCAACUGUGAUACACAUAAAUGAACCCUGUGCAACAGUGCCAACAGAAACUCCCUCUGUUAAACCAACAACGCAAAAAGCUACACCCUCUCCCACAACAUCCCCAGAACAACCCGUGACCAUAAACGCUACAACUCUUACUACUCAAACCCCUAUUAUAACCUCACAACCGUCAACAACCACCAAAGCUCAAUCUACACCCUCACUUACAACUUUUGAGGGAUCAACCUCUACUCAACAAACACCAUAUCCUACAACCCCAGAGCAAAGCACGACUACAAAGACAACAACUGCACCUUCGUCACUGCCAACAACCCCUGAAAUAUCAAUUACAACCACAGCAAUACCUACACCAACAGAAGUGACCCUUACACCUGAAAAACCAUCAACAACUAUCUCAGAGCAGUCCUCAACCACAAAGGUAAUUUCUUCCUCGACAAAGAAACCUACAACUCCUGAACCAUCAACAACCACAAAGUCUAAACCUACACCAGAAACCACAGAGACAAAGAAACCUACAACUCCUGAACCAUCAACAGCCACAAAGGCUACUCCUACACCACAAACCCCAAGGCCACCUACAACAACAAAAAUUACAACUCCAACCAGUGCACCUCCUACAACAACUUCUGAACUAGACACAACCACUAAGAUCAUCCCUACACCAACAUCUACAACAACGCCAAAAUCAUCGACAACAAAAGUGACCCUUCCACCUGAAACAUCAUCAACAGCUAUCUCAGAGCAGUCCUCAACCACAAAGGUAAUUUCUUCCUCGACAGAGAAACCUACAACUCCUGAACCAUCAACAGCCACAAAGGCUACUCCUCCACCACAAACCCCAAGGCCAACUACAACAACAGAAAUUACAACUCCAACCAGCGCACCUCCUACAACAACUUCUGAACCAGCCACAACCACCAAGAUCAUCCCUACACCAACAUCUAUAACAACACCAAAAUCAUCGACAACAAAAGUAACCCUUCCACCUCAAACAUCAUCAACAGCUAUCUCAGAGCAGUCCUCAACCACAAAGUUAAUUUCUUCCUCGACAGAGAAACCUACAACUCCUGAAACAUCAACAGCCACAAAGGCUACUCCUACACCACAAACCCCAAGGCCAACUACAACAACAAAAAUUACAACUCCAACCAGCGCACCUCCUACAACAACUUCUGAACCAGCCACAACCACCAAGAUCAUCCCUACACCAACAUCUACAACAACACCAAAAUCAUCAACAACAAAAGUGACCCUUCCACCUCAAACAUCAUCAACAGCUAUCUCAGAGCAGUCCUCAACCACAAAGGUAAUUUCUUCCUCGACAGAGAAACCUACAACUCCUGAACCAUCAACAGCCACAAAGGCUACUCCUCCACCACAAACCCCAAGACCAACUACAACAACAGAAAUUACAACUCCAACCAGCGCACCUCCUACAACAACUUCUGAACCAGCCACAACCACCAAGAUCCUCCCUACACCAACAUCUACAACAACACCAAAAUCAUCGACAACAAAAGUGACCCUUCCACCUCAAACAUCAUCAACAGCUAUCUCAGAGCAGUCCUCAACCACAAAGGUAAUUUCUUCCUCGACAGAGAAACCUACAACUCCUGAACCAUCAACAGCCACAAAGGCUACUCCUACACCACAAACCCCAAGGCCACCUACAACAACAAAAAUUACAACUCCAACCAGCGCACCUCCUACAACAACUUCUGAACCAGCCACAACCACCAAGAUCAUCCCUACACCAACAUCUACAACAACACCAAAAUCAUCGACAACAAAAGUUACCCUUCCACCUCAAACAUCCUCAACAGCUAUCUCAGAGCAGUCCUCAACCACAAAGGUAAUUUCUUCCUCGACAGAGAACCCUACAACUCCUGAACCAUCAACAGCCACAAAGGCUACUCCUACACCACAAACCCCAAGGCCACCUACAACAACAAAAAUUACAACUCCAACCAGCGCACCUCCUACGGCAACUUCUGAACCAGCCACAACCACCAAGAUCAUCCCUACACCAACAUCUACAACAACACCAAAAUCAUCAACAACAAAAGUGACCCUUCCACCUCAAACAUCAUCAACAGCUAUCUCAGAGCAGUCCUCAACCACAAAGGUAAUUUCUUCCUCGACAGAGAAACCUACAACUCCUGAACCAUCAACAGCCACAAAGGCUACUCCUACACCACAAACCCCAAGGCCACCUACAACAACAAGAAUUACAACUCCAACCAGCGCACCUCCUACAGCAACUUCUGAACCAGCCACAACCACCAAGAUCAUCCCUACACCAACAUCUACAACAACACCAAAAUCAUCGACAACAAAAGUGACCCUUCCACCUCAAACAUCAUCAACAGCUAUCUCAGAGCAGUCCUCAACCACAAAGGUAAUUUCUUCCUCGACAGAGAAACCUACAACUCCUGAACCAUCAACAGCCACAAAGGCUACUCCUACACCACAAAGCCCAAGGCCACCUACAACAACAAAAAUUACAACUCCAACCAGCGCACCUCCUACGGCAACUUCUGAACCAGCCACAACCACCAAGAUCCUCCCUACACCAACAUCUACAACAACACCAAAAUCAUCGACAACAAAAGUGACCCUUCCACCUCAAACAUCAUCAACAGCUAUCUCAGAGCAGUCCUCAACCACAAAGGUAAUUUCUUCCUCGACAGAGAAACCUACAACUCCUGAACCAUCAACAGCCACAAAGGCUACUCCUACACCACAAACCCCAAGGCCACCUACAACAACAAGAAUUACAACUCCAACCAGCGCACCUCCUACAGCAACUUCUGAACCAGCCACAACCACCAAGAUCAUCCCUACACCAACAUCUACAACAACACCAAAAUCAUCGACAACAAAAGUGACCCUUCCACCUCAAACAUCAUCAACAGCUAUCUCAGAGCAGUCCUCAACCACAAAGGUAAUUUCUUCCUCGACAGAGAAACCUACAGCUCCUGAACCAUCAACAGCCACAAAGGCUACUCCUACACCACAAACCCCAAGGCCACCUACAACAACAAAAAUUACAACUCCAACCAGCGCACCUCCUAAGGCAACUUCUGAACCAGCCACAACCAACAAGAUCAUCCCUACACCAACAUCUACAACAACACCAAAAUCAUCGACAACAAAAGUGACCCUUCCACCUCAAACAUCAUCAACAGCUAUCUCAGAGCAGUCCUCAACAACAAAGGUAAUUUCUUCCUCGACAGAGAAACCUACAACUCCUGAACCAUCAACAGCCACAAAGGCUACUCCUACACCACAAACCCCAAGGCCACCUACAACAACAAGAAUUACAACUCCAACCAGCGCACCUCCUACGGCAACUUCUGAACCAGCCACAACCACCAAGAUCAUCCCUACACCAACAUCUACAACAACACCAAAAUCAUCGACAACAAAAGUGACCCUUCCACCUCAAACAUCAUCAACAGCUAUCUCAGAGCAGUCCUCAACCACAAAGGUAAUUUCUUCCUCGACAGAGAAACCUACAACUCCUGAACCAUCAACAGCCACAAAGGCUACUCCUCCACCACAAACCCCAAGGCCACCUACAACAACAAAAAUUACAACUCCAACCAGCGCACCUCCUACGGCAACUUCUGAACCAGCCACAACCACCAAGAUCCUCCCUACACCAACAUCUACAACAACACCAAAAUCAUCGACAACAAAAGUGACCCUUCCACCUCAAACAUCAUCAACAGCUAUCUCAGAGCAGUCCUCAACCACAAAGGUAAUUUCUUCCUCGACAGAGAAACCUACAACUCCUGAACCAUCAACAGCCACAAAGGCUACUCCUACACCACAAACCCCAAGGCCACCUACAACAACAAAAAUUACAACUCCAACCAGCGCACCUCCUACAACAACUUCUGAACCAGUCACAACCACCAAGAUCAUCCCUACACCAACAUCUACAACAACACCAAAAUCUUCGACAACAAAAGUGACCCUUCCACCUCAAACAUCCUCAACAGCUAUCUCAGAGCAGUCCUCAACCACAAAGGUAAUUUCUUCCUCGACAGAGAAACCUACAACUCCUGAACCAUCAACAGCCACAAAGGCUACUCCUACACCACAAACCCCAAGGCCACCUACAACAACAAGAAUUACAACUCCAACCAGCGCACCUCCUACAGCAACUUCUGAACCAGCCACAACCACCAAGAUCAUCCCUACACCAACAUCUACAACAACACCAAAAUCAUCGACAACAAAAGUGACCCUUCCACCUGAAACAUCAUCAACAGCUAUCUCAGAGCAGUCUUCAACCACAAAGGUAAUUUCUUCCUCGACAGAGAAACCUACAACUCCUGAACCAUCAACAGCCACAAAGGCUACUCCUACACCACAAACCCCAAGGCCACCUACAACAACAAAAAUUACAACUCCAACCAGCGCACCUCCUACGGCAACUUCUGAACCAGCCACAACCACCAAGAUCAUCCCUACACCAACAUCUACAACAACACCAAAAUCAUCGACAACAAAAGUGACCCUUCCACCUCAAACAUCAUCAACAGCUAUCUCAGAGCAGUCCUCAACCACAAAGGUAAUUUCUUCCUCGACAGAGAAACCUACAACUCCUGAACCAUCAACAGCCACAAAGGCUACUCCUACACCACAAACCCCAAGGCCACCUACAACAACAAAAAUUACAACUCCAACCAGCGCACCUCCUACGGCAACUUCUGAACCAGCCACAACCACCAAGAUCCUCCCUACACCAACAUCUACAACAACACCAAAAUCAUCGACAACAAAAGUGACCCUUCCACCUCAAACAUCAUCAACAGCUAUCUCAGAGCAGUCCUCAACCACAAAGGUAAUUUCUUCCUCGACAGAGAAACCUACAACUCCUGAACCAUCAACAGCCACAAAGGCUACUCCUACACCACAAACCCCAAGGCCACCUACAACAACAAAAAUUACAACUCCAACCAGCGCACCUCCUACAACAACUUCUGAACCAGUCACAACCACCAAGAUCAUCACUACACCAACAUCUACAACAACACCAAAAUCUUCGACAACAAAAGUGACCCUUCCACCUCAAACAUCCUCAACAGCUAUCUCAGAGCAGUCCUCAACCACAAAGGUAAUUUCUUCCUCGACAGAGAAACCUACAACUCCUGAACCAUCAACAGCCACGAAGGCUACUCCUACACCACAAACCCCAAGGCCACCAACAACAACAAGAAUUACAACUCCAUCCAGCGCACCUCCUACAGCAACUUCUGAACCAGCCACAACCACCAAGAUCAUCCCUACACCAACAUCUACAACAACACCAAAAUCAUCGACAACAAAAGUGACCCUUCCACCUCAAACAUCCUCAACAGCUAUCUCAGAGCAGUCCUCGACCACAAAGGUAAUUUCUUCCUCGACAGAGAAACCUACAACUCCUGAACCAUCAACAGCCACGAAGGCUACUCCUACACCACAAACCCCAAGGCCACCUACAACAACAAGAAUUACAACUCCAACCAGCGCACCUCCUACAGCAACUUCUGAACCAGCCACAACCACCAAGAUCAUCCCUACACCAACAUCUACAACAACACCAAAAUCAUCGACAACAAAAGUGACCCUUCCACCUCAAACAUCAUCAACAGCUAUCUCAGAGCAGUCCUCAACCACAAAGGUAAUUUCUUCCUCGACAGAGAAACCUACAACUCCUGAACCAUCAACAGCCACAAAGACUACUCCUACACCACAAACCCCAAGGCCACCUACAACAACAAGAAUUACAACUCCAACCAGCGCACCUCCUACAACAACUUCUGAACCAGCCACAACCACCAAGAUCAUCCCUACACCAACAUCUACAACAACACCAAAAUCAUCGACAACAAAAGUGACCCUUCCACCUCAAACAUCAUCAACAGCUAUCUCAGAGCAGUCCUCAACCACAAAGGUAAUUUCUUCCACGACAGAGAAACCUACAACUCCUGAACCAUCAACAGCCACAAAGGCUACUCCUACACCACAAACCCCAAGGCCACCUACAACAACAAAAAUUACAAUUCCAACCAGCGCACCUCCUACGGCAACUUCUGAACCAGCCACAACCACCAAGAUCCUCCCUACACCAACAUCUACAACAACACCAAAAUCAUCGACAACAAAAGUGACCCUUCCACCUCAAACAUCCUCAACAGCUAUCUCAGAGCAGUCCUCGACCACAAAGGUAAUUUCUUCCUCGACAGAGAAACCUACAACUCCUGAACCAUCAACAGCCACGAAGGCUACUCCUACACCACAAACCCCAAGGCCACCUACAACAACAAGAAUUACAACUCCAACCAGCGCACCUCCUACAGCAACUUCUGAACCAGCCACAACCACCAAGAUCAUCCCUACACCAACAUCUACAACAACACCAAAAUCAUCGACAACAAAAGUGACCCUUCCACCUCAAACAUCAUCAACAGCUAUCUCAGAGCAGUCCUCAACCACAAAGGUAAUUUCUUCCUCAACAGAGAAACCUACAACUUCUGAACCAUCAACAGCCACAAAGGCUACUCCUACACCACAAACCCCAAGGCCACCUACAACAACAAAAAUUACAACUCCAACCAGCGCACCUCCUACAACAACUUCUGAACCAGUCACAACCACCAAGAUCAUCCCUACACCAACAUCUACAACAACACCAAAAUCAUCGACAACAAAAGUGACCCUUCCACCUCAAACAUCAUCAACAGCUUUCUCAGAGCAGUCCUCAACCACAAAGGUAAUUUCUUCCUCGACAGAGAAACCUACAACUCCUGAACCAUCAACAGCCACGAAGGCUACUCCUACACCACAAACCCCAAGGCCACCAACAACAACAAGAAUUACAACUCCAACCAGCGCACCUCCUACAGCAACUUCUCAACCAGCCACAACCACCAAGAUCAUCCCUACCCCAACAUCUACAACAACACCAAAAUCAUCGACAACAAAAGUGACCCUUCCACCUCAAACAUCCUCAACAGCUAUCUCAGAGCAGUCCUCGACCACAAAGGUAAUUUCUUCCUCGACAGAGAAACCUACAACUCCUGAACCAUCAACAGCCACGAAGGCUACUCCUACACCACAAACCCCAAGGCCACCUACAACAACAAGAAUUACAACUCCAACCAGCGCACCUCCUACAGCAACUUCUGAACCAGCCACAACCACCAAGAUCAUCCCUACACCAACAUCUACAACAACACCAAAAUCAUCGACAACAAAAGUGACCCUUCCACCUCAAACAUCAUCAACAGCUAUCUCAGAGCAGUCCUCAACCACAAAGGUAAUUUCUUCCUCAACAGAGAAACCUACAACUUCUGAACCAUCAACAGCCACAAAGGCUACUCCUACACCACAAACCCCAAGGCCACCUACAACUACAAAAAUUACAACUCCAACCAGUACAUCCCCUACAACAACUUCCCAACCCUCCACAACAGUCGUUGAACAAUCUACUACCACCAUAUCCACACCUACAUUAUCAUCUUCAACAACACCAAAACUCUCCAGCACCACAAAAGUGAUCCCUUCAAUUGAGAUCUCAACUACACAUAUUAUAGCACCAUCCACAACCACAAAAGCCAUUCAUUCCCCAACACCACCGCCUGCUCCAACCUCUGAACCACCUAAAACAACAAAACGUCCACCUUUGACCAUAGAGCCAAGUACCACUACUAAAUCUCUUCCUACGUUACCUCCACUAACAACUACUACAAUGGAAAUGACAACUCUCUUUUCAUCACCCACAACAAGCCCCCAGUUAACAACAACCACACAAUCAAUUAUUACUGGCCCCCCGCCAACAUCCCCAGUCUUGUCAACUCUACCACUUGUCAGUGAACAUACAACACAAACAACUGAAACCCCACCAUCAGCAAAAACUACACCAAGUACAACCACAAUGUGCUUCUGCAUUUUUGAUGGCACAAUUUAUCAGCCAGGGGAGACUAUUUUUCUUAUGCACCCUAUUGGAUCAGGCAUUUGUCUUACAAUGAUUUGUUCUGAUGUUUGUGAAAUCCAUAACAAAACUGGAUUAUGUCAAAGCACCCCAGCAGCAACACCUUCACCUUCUCCCACAUCCUAUAUACCAUCCUGUCCUGACUGGGAUGCUGUUCAAAAUGAGACCUUUUUCUUAUGCAACUGCACCAUGGCCAAAUGCAUUGAGAACAACACCAUUGAAAUAGUUCCGUAUGAGUGUCCACCACUCCAGAACAUAACAUGUUCCAAUGGAAAGAAACCUGUUCUUGCAUAUGAUGAGUACUACUGCUGCCAACAUUAUGUUUGUGACUGUGUAUGCGAAGGCUGGGGAGAUCCUCAUUACAUCACAUUUGAUGGUUUAUACUACAGUUACCAAGGAAACUGUACUUAUGUUUUGAUGGAGGAGAUCACACCAAAAUUCAAUCUAAAGAUAUAUAUUGACAAUGUAUUUUGUGAUCCCACUGAAGAUGUUUCUUGUCCAAGAUCAUUAACUAUAGAAUAUGGAUUUAAAAUUGUCACUCUCAUCAAUCAUAACCUUGUUGGAGCUCCACAACUAGAGGCAUUAGAAAAUGGUGAAAAACUGAAACUACCUCAUUCAAAAGAUGGGAUUAAGAUCAUGAGUUCUGGGAUUAACUUGGUUUAUGAGAUCCCUCGCCUAAAAGUUGUAAUUACAUUUGGAAUGACUGGCUUUAGUGUCAACCUUCCAUAUCAGAACUUUGGAGGCAACACAGAGGGUCAUUGUGGAACAUGCACCAACAAUCAGGCUGAUGACUGCAGGCUGCCGACAGGCGAACUGGUGGGAAAUUGUGCAGUGAUGGCAGACUAUUGGCCAGCGGGUAACAUUUAUCAACCCAACUGCCCAACACCACCUUCAGUACCAACUGAUGUACCUGAGUCACCAUUAGAACCAACUCCAUGCAAGCCAGACUCCAUUUGCGAUAUGAUUAAGGAAAGUGUUUUUGCAGAAUGUCACCCCUUCGUUUCCCCAGACAAUUUCUACAAAGGUUGUGUUUUUGAUAGCUGCCACGUUUUGAAUCCUACAGUAGAGUGCACAAGUUUGCAGACUUAUGCUGCUGCCUGUGCUCAGGCUGGAAUUUGCAUCCACUGGAGAAACCACACCAAAAUCUGCGCUAACGACUGCCCAUCUGACAAGGUAUAUAAGCCUUGUGGUCCUGUAGAACAGCCAACUUGUGAAGACAAUCCAGAGGAAACAACCCUAAAUUUUACUACUGAGGGCUGCUUCUGCCCUGAAGGAAUGAAACUCUUCAACAAAGAAUCAGGAAUAUGUGUUAAGAAGUGUGGAUGUCUUGAUCCAGAGGGUAAUUCCCGCGAGUUUAACGAGAAGUUUGAGUACAAAUGCCAGGACUGCAUUUGUGAUAAGCCGACCAAAACUGUGAUUUGCAAACCUAAGACAUGCCCGGUACAACCCAGUGCACUCUGCACAGAUCCAGGGUUUGUUGCUGUGAACCAAACAAAUCCUGCGGAUCCCUGCUGCUUUACCUAUGUUUGUCAAUGCCAAAUCAACACGUGCCCAGUAAACUCUAAGAGCUGUCCUGUUGGAUACAGGCCAGUCCUCAGUGUUCCUGAAGGAAAAUGUUGUCCAGAAUAUUCAUGUGAGCCUAAACGAGUUUGUGUCCAUAAGGAUGUUGAAUACCAGCCUGGUUCCUCAGUUCCUGCGAAUCCAUGCCAGGAAUGUAUCUGCACCAACGAAGUCGACCCAAAAUCGGAUCUGUUUAAAGUAGUGUGCGAGUUUCCGUUAUGUGAUGAGACCUGUGACAUGGGAUAUGGUUAUGUAGAAACUACCUCUGAUGAAUGCUGUGGAAAGUGUGUACAGAACCAAUGUGUCCUGAACCUUAAUGGCACCAAGCAACUCUUAAAGGAAGGAGAAACCUGGUCACCACCUGAAAACAUGUGUGAGCGCUACACCUGUAUGAGGACUGGUGACACACUUACAGCACUAAGUUCACUCACCAUCUGUCCAUCUUUCCAAGAGAGUAACUGCCAACCUGACACAAUUCAAACUGCAGCAAAUGGCUGCUGUAAAAUCUGUGUGGAGAAAGAUAAAGCCUGCAAGAUAGUGAACAUGAAAACUCGCGUUACACGGGACGGCUGUCAGUCUGAACAGGAGGUGGAUAUGCCAUACUGUGAAGGAUCUUGCAAUACGUUCACCAAGUACUCUGAAGCUGCCGCUGCUAUGGAACAUUCCUGCUCUUGCUGUAGGGAAACCCGAUCCAGUAAUCGCACCGUUGAUUUGCUGUGCUUGGAUGGAAGCAGGUUCACCCAUACCUACAUGCAUGUGGAGGAGUGUGGCUGUGGCCAUACUGAGUGCACCACAACUGCAGGGCUACGUGCUCGCAGAAAGCGCAGCUCAACACUGCUGUAAUACGGCUCUACUGAACAUCAGAAAUGUUUUAUCUUGUACCACUUUAACAAUAUUAGAAAGUAAUUUACCACUUAAGUGGAUUCUUUAUCAUCUAAUCAAAUAAAAACA